CGGAGCCGGAGCGGAGCGGAGCCGAGCGGGGCGCACGGAGCACGGCGGCGGGGCCGGGCCGAGCCGUGCCGGACUAGGGCAGGGCAGGGCAGGGCAGGCUCGGCGGAGGGGCCGGCUCCGGCUCCGGGCUCUCUCCCCGGCCCCUGCCCGCCCGCACCAUGCCGCGGCGGCGCGGCUGCCUGCCGCCCCUCGUCUGCACUUUAGCCGCCCUCAGCCUGCCGCUGCUGCUGGCCGCCGAGCCCCGUGCCAAAAGUUGCUCCGAAGUGCGGAGGCUCUACGCCGCCAAGGGCUUCAGCCAGAGCGAGGCGCCCAGCCACGAGAUCAGCGGUGACCACUUGAAAGUCUGCUCGCAAGCCUACACAUGCUGCUCUCAAGAAAUGGAAGAGAAGUACAGUCAACAGAGUAAACAUGACUUCAGAAAUGCUGUUGUAGAGCUUAGCAAUCACUUACAAACAAUGUUUAGUUCCCGAUACAAGAAGUUUGAUGAGUUCUUCAAAGAACUUCUUGAAAAUGCUGAGAAGUCGCUGAACGACAUGUUCGUGAGGACGUACGGCCGGUUGUACAUGCAGAACUCGGAGCUGUUCAAGGACCUCUUCGUGGAGCUGAAGCGGUACUACGUGGGUGGCAACGUCAACCUAGAGGAGAUGCUCAAUGAGUUCUGGGCACGCCUGCUGGAGCGCAUGUUCCGGCUGGUAAACCCGCAGUACCACUUCACGGACGAGUACCUCGAGUGCGUCAGCAAGUACACAGAGCAGCUGAAGCCCUUUGGGGAUGUGCCGCGCAAGCUCAAGCUACAAGUGACACGAGCAUUUGUGGCGGCCCGCACCUUCGCGCAGGGCCUUGCUGUCGCAAGGGAUGUUGUCAGCAAAGUGUCUGCGGUGAACCCCACACCACAGGGUACAAGAGCACUGCUGAAAAUGAUGUACUGCCCAUACUGCCGAGGUCUGGUAUCAGUGAAGCCCUGUUACAAUUACUGUUUUAAUGUUAUGAGAGGCUGCUUGGCCAACCAAGGGGAUUUGGACACCGAGUGGAAUACCUUUAUGGAUUCAAUGCUGCUGGUAGCAGAGAGGCUGGAGGGGCCUUUUAAUAUUGAGUCAGUCAUGGAUCCCAUUGAUGUGAAAAUUUCAGAUGCAAUCAUGAACAUGCAAGAGAACAGCAUGCAGGUGUCUCAGAAGGUUUUCCAGGGAUGUGGCCAGCCAAAAACACUUGCACAAGGUCGAACUGCUCGCUCUGUCUCUGAAAGUGGUUUCAGUGCUCGCUUUAGACCAUACAACCCGGAGGAGCGGCCAACUACAGCCGCUGGCACGAGUUUGGACAGGCUGGUUACUGAUGUAAAAGAAAAGCUGAAGCAAGCCAAAAAAUUUUGGUCAUCUCUCCCUGGCAACAUUUGCAAUGAUGAAAAGAUGUCUGUAGGCACUGUCAACGAGAACGAGUGCUGGAACGGGAGCGCCAAGAGCAGAUAUGACUUUGCAGUGACUGGAAACGGCUUGGCGAGUCAAGUGAAUAACCCAGAGGUGGAGGUCGAUAUUACCAAGCCAGACAUGGUGAUUCGCCGGCAAAUCAUGGCUCUGCGGGUGAUGACCAACAAGCUGAAGAAUGCAUACAGUGGGAACGACGUUGACUUCAUUGACAUCAGUGAGGAGAGCAGCGGGGAGGAGAGCGGCAGCGGCUGCGAGUUCCAGCAGUGUUCCCCGGAGUUCGAGUUCAAUGCAACCGAAGUUACUGGAAACUCCAACAAGAGUGAUAAAAAAGCGAACACUUCUGCCGCUACCAGUAGCGGUUUAUCACAAGCAGCCUUGUUCCUUAGCAUUUUGUUCUUGGCCAUGCAAAGACAAUGGAGAUAAUUGUGCAGCAUAGGGGGGAAAAAAGACUUUUAUUAUCAAAGUUAGAAGGCACCUGCUUUCACUUUUAUACCAUCUAGUGACUUUGCUUUUUAAGUUAAUGGACAACAGUGUACAGUUUUUACUAUGUUGCCACUGGUUUUAAGAUACUGAUUUUUUUCCCUUGCUAUUCUGGGAAUAACAGGAAUGGGGCCUACCAGUUUGUCCCGUUCACCAAGAGUCCAUGAUAGAGGUGGAUAACAGAAAUGUAUAUACAAGCCUGUAGUUAGCUCUGCAUUUGUCUUUAUCACUUUUUUAUUUUUUAUUUUUAUUUUACCACAUUUCUUACAAAAAGAAGAAACCCAGGGUCCUUUCUUGGCAUGUAACAAGUAUGUGUUUCUGAAAUGAGAAAUAUCUGUACAGAAGCAGGUUUUAUUUAUCAUGUUAUCUUAUGGGGAAAAAUAAUUACCAAACAAGCAGAAAACAUGUUUCAUGUAGUUAACUUCCCGUUUAUCCACGUAAUGUUAGUUGCCUUAUCUGGAAAAAAGUGGAAGUAAUUUGUCUGUAUUAUGCAGCGAAACAACAUGAAGACAGAACCGGUCAGUGUGCCAAGUGCCCCAUUUGCAUAAGGUGGUAAUGCCAGGAGCAGGUUGUACUUUCUUUACAGGAUGUUUGGUUAAAUUGGAAGAGACUACAGAGAAUUCCAGUUUUGCAGAUGCUAAGAAGAGUUAUCAGUUGUUCCCCAGGAUCCUUGCAAUUAGCUGUAACUCAUGUAGGUCAGUUCCUGAAGUGCAUCUCCAGUGGGAAUAAGGCAUUAAACUUGUUUGGUUGGAAGCAACUUGUUGUGUCACAGAUCCAAAUGCCAACACGUGUCUUGUCUGCAAAUUUGUUAGAUGAAUGCUGGAUUGAUUUUUUUUUUCUAUUUCUUAUUUUUAGGAAAACUUUGGGGGUGAAGGAGGGAGAACUGUUGGUUUUGUUUUUGCAAGAGUUUUGUCUCCUCUCUGACCAGGGGCAGAAGGGAAGGCUGGGCAGAGUGCCCUGUAGCACUGUUGCAGGCAGGAGCUGGCAGGGCUGAAGACGCCUCCUUUUUGGUGCUCUUGGUCCCCUGGGAGCCAGUGCCCAAGCACAGAGUGACUGCAGCUUUUCGAAGCUAUGCAAGACGCCCGUCUCUCUCUACGUAUGCUUUUGCAGUUGGAACAGUGUUGUGGUACAACAACUCAUUAAUAAAGGAAAAGUAUAUUUUUAAGAAAAAGAUAUUAAAUAAUUUUUAAAAGAGUGGGGGGGGAAGUCUUCAGAAAGACUCAAAAUUAUUCUGCGUGUGUCUCCUCCUGCUUUAGGGUAGCCUUUAGGUCUGGCUGGAUGCUGGGAUCCAGCCAGGAGAGCAAUCCAGAGAGAGGGAGGGUUUGCUGUAUUCCACCCUUGUGUUGUAAGGAUAAUUUUCUAUUUUUAUAUUGAAGCAUUAAUUACUUGUUAGCUCAGGGUCAGUGUUAUAUUCAACUUUAUUUUCACACCAAAUUUCUGCAAAGCUAUAAAGAUGGAAUAUUCUUGGCUGGUAUAAACAAUCCUGAAGGCUUAAUUUUACUAGAAGUAGCCCGUUAUUUAUUAAAACAUGAUGUUAGUAGAGUAGGGAUAUUCUGGCUAGAUUAUUUUUCUUUAGAAAAUAAAUCAUGGAAGCAUAAAAUUGAAAAAGUUAUAAAUUUAUGUGUGGGAAAAAAUGGAUUGUAAAUAGCUAAGUUGCCUUGUGAGGAAUUGGAAAAUGUGCUGAUACUUAGAAACUACCUCAGUUCUGAGGAAUUUCCUUUCUAGCUUUGAGUGCUAUUACAUUUACUUGGUAGAAGUGAAUCUGGUCUCCAAUAUGUAGCUGAAAGAGUUAUCCCUAUAGACCUUGUUAGAUUGUUUUUAAUUUAGAGAGUUGAACUACAUCCAGCUGUUUUCUUUCAGCUAAGUUCCUUAACAAAGAGAAUUUCUGAAUUAAAUAUUGCUGAUGGUUUCCAUGACUUUUACUGAUUUGUUUGGUUUCAUGGCAUUUUCUGAUUGCCCUUUAAUUAUUUAAAUGGUUCUAACCAUUUGAAUUUUAAUCCUGAAAUAAACAAACCUUAGAUGCACUACCAUUGUAAAUAUAUCACAGUAAGGUCUGACUGGAUAACCCUUCUGGCUUAUACCCAGCUGGCAGGCCGGCAAAGUUAAAUGAAGAAAAAAAAAUUUAAACUUCUUCAGAGCUCAGAGAAUGGUGAAACAAAAGCCCUGUGUUCAGAGCGGCUGACUUUUCCAAGAUCUCAGUUUUUGGCAAAAAUGUUCAUAUGUAAGAAAGUUGCUUGUAAAUUCUCCUGCUUUUAAGCGUUCUGCCCAGUGUGUACUUAAAGAAAAACAUUUCUGAAUUUAUAUUUAUCAUUUUACAUCUAAUUGCUUACUAAUUAUUAUUCAUUAGUUUGGUAAAAGCGAACAAUGCAAAGACCUGACGUGAGUUUUAAACUUGUCCAGUUGAUGUUGUUAAUAGCACAACAAUCCUCCACUAUAUCAAGGACAGAUUUGUCACCUGGGGCUACAGGAAACAAGAGUAAACAUCAAUGUAGGAUGAUGAAAAGUUGUGUUCCUGCUUUUAUUUUGUGUUUGUGUGUGAAAUUGGCUCUCUGACAUGAGCUUGUAAACUAAACCAUACGGGUGGGGACUGAGGCAUGCUGCUGGCUGCUUGCUCGUCAGAAGGCAUCUGCUCCAUUUCUUCCAGUGUUUGUUUUUUUCCAAAUAACCAUUGCCAUUAUGGUCAUGAUUUAAAGAAAAAUUCCCAUGUAUAAAUUAAUAAUUAAUGCAAGUACUAAUGAGCUUCAAAAACAAAGUUAACCAGAGAAGGUGGUAUUCUUGGUGGCAUUGAGGUGCUGUCUCCCAGAGUUGAAUAAAAAAAAAAAAAAAAAUCCAGCCUGUGAAAGGAUCUGCUGUAAGAGAUCUGUGACUCUGUUGCUCUUCUGAGUGAAGCACAAUGCACCCUGUGCUGCGACAGCUGUUCAGGUGAUGUACACGUACAGGUCGCUAUGGGUUUCCCCAGCAGACCAGCCUGCCUAUUUACACUUCUGAUAGUAACGAAGGGUGAAAAAGAGAGCAAACAAUGGCACUCCUGUAUUCAAACAGCCUCUCAUUUCAUCCUGUGAUGGAUGGUGUGGCCCGAAGUCGGGACCGGUGACUGGAGCGGCAGGAGGAGUCCCUCUCGUGCUGUUCUGGCCUUGGCACUGCCUCCUGUUGAGGUGAUUCUUGUUGGGAGGCUUCUGGGCAGCAAAAUGGGUGAUGCUUCAGUGAAGGCUGAGCUUAACCUGGCAUUUGUCCUCACAGGCAAGUUGGCAUAUGUAUUUUGAAGGGUACAACUUCUCAGUACUUUAAUUAUUUCUUAAACCUGAUGAUGAUGAGCUUUCUCUCCCCAUCCUCUAAUUGUUUUAGCUGGAUGCAAGACUUGCUGAACCAGGUAAGGCCUCUAACCUGGUCCUGGCUCCUUGGUCAUGGUAGCAUCUGGUAUCAGACAUUUCAGGGCAAGGCGCACAAAAAUCCUUUCAAUUUCUUUGGAUGUUUUUGUGGCAUGUCCUACAGUAACCAAUGGCUCUGUUUGUCACACCACCACCAUGGACACCGUCUACCCUCACACUUCUCUUGUGCAGUCCCCUGUUGUGAAAGCAGUGAUGCAUGGUGCAUGGCUGACAUGCUGGCAGCAGCAGUAAACCACACCAGUGGCGCUUUGCACCGGUGCUGCUGCUCUUGUGCACUUCACUUUCCAGGACAAAACCUCAGUGUUUCUUGGUGGGAAGGCCUAUGCACUUGCACAUCCCUACAGCUGGGAGCAGCAAUGGGCAUCUCCUGGCAACACAAACACUCCUGACGCAUGUUGGGGAUGCUGAAGAACAAGGAUUGUGCCAGUGGAAGCUGGUGGCUGUGGCUGAAAACCCAAACCUGGAUAUAUCCAUCUCCCAUUGCUGGAAGAAAACAGCUUGUUUGUUUGUUUUGUCUUUUUCCUUAAUGCUGUUGGUUUUAUUUUCCUAUUUAGGAUGGGCUGAGGUGGCCUUCCUCUGCUGCUUCUUUUCUUUUGGAUGCUGUCUAUAAGGAUAGUCGUAAUUUAAAAACAUAGAAAUGAAAGCAGAGUGGUAAAAUUAAUGUAGGAGUAUUGCAAUCCCCAACCUGGAUGGUGAGGGUUACACCCCAGGGUGAGAUUUGCAGCAAGGGGCUGCCCUGGGAGGGUGGAGCAGCCACCUUAGUCAGCACUGUCCCAUGCUAGCCUUGUGCCAGUGUCCCCUGUGUUUGGUGUGGUUAUCUUCCAUGUCCCAAACAGUUGUGUGGUGUCAUGCCACACGUCACAGCAUCUUCUUUCAUGUGGCUACUCUUUAAUGGCAUAAGGUGAUCCAUAUCUGCAAGACACGUGUUGAUUAGAGAUUGUGUAACUGUGGCUUUUUUUUUUUUUUUUUUUUUAAAGGACAACCUGAAUGUAAACCAGCCUUUAGUACUGGUUUUCAGUUCUUCUUGAUACUGCUGUUGCAGGCAUCAUGUUUUUGGGGAGGUUGUUUGCUGUUUUUUUAUGGUUUGUUUUUGUUUCUGUUUUAAAUCCUCUGCUUUGGCUUGUUUGAGGGCAUGUAACAGUGUAAAUUGCCUGGGAAGAUGCAGCUCUUUAUGGGCUUGCUGUAAUUCUGGGUCAAGUGUGCUUAAAUUGCUGUAAUUUGUAUCUAAUGGAUUACAUGGAUUGAGAGCCCUUUUAUAACUGCUGGAUCAAGGAGGGGCUGCCUGCCUCGGGAGGAGGGGAAGGCGUCCCCUUUGUCCCUCUUCUCUGAAAGGGCCGACCUCUUUGGCAGUCUGUGGGGCUGGGCAGCCUGCCGAGAUGGGGGGGAGGGCUGGGCAGGAGGCGUUUGCUGAACCCUGCAGGUCUUGCAGAGUUAUCGGAUGACGAAUUAACACUUCAUCCCUGGGCAUGAUUCCAUCUCGGGGAUGCUGGUGGCAUGUCCCAGCGUUGGUUUCUCUCCCAGGUGUGGUGGGCUUGGUGCUGGGGCAGUUGGUGGAGCUGCUUUUCCUCCUGAGUCUGCUCUGCCUUGUUGGCAGCUUGUUUGGGCUCCUUCCAGCCCGCUCUCACUGCCUUUGCCCCUUAUUCCUUGCUGACUUGGCUGGUUCUUCCCAUAGUUCUUGCACUGUCGUGGAUCUUGCUCUUGCUUGUGUCGUCUCCUCCAGAAGCUGUCCUUUUAAUCCCCAGCCACAGAGCACCACAACUGUUAAACUGGAGUUUCCAUAUUCUUCCUAAAGCAGCUCUUACAAUUUACACUGGCAAACCCACCUAACCAUGUUACACAUUUCAGAAGCCAGUUUCUCUUGGAAGCCCAGGAAUGGGCCAUUUGAUGGGGAAGGGCACCAAAUAGGCUACAGACCUACUUGGGUUUUUGGCCCAGUACUGCCAGUGUGGGUAUUUGCUGGGCUGCUGGGUGCACUGCAGUAUGGUUGAGGAGAAGGUGGAGAAAGCUGGGGCCGUGUCCUUGUAGCUGUCCCAUCUGUCUACCAGAGGAUGAGCAAGAUGAUGGAGGAACUGUGUUCAUGUCUGGAAGGAGCCUUCUGCCACACUCAGUCAAAAUCAGUGCUCUGCAUCGCCUUCUUUUACAUAGCUGUUCAUCUUCCCAGAGCCUUCCUUUACAUAGCUGUUUGUAUUCCCAGUGGUUCCCACCACGUUGUCUCCUGCUAUGUGUGCCAUUAAUUCAUGUAAUCUGAUGCAAAUCAAUAUGCUAAAACCCUCAUUAAUUGGGUUACUGAUUUAUACUAAUGAGACUUAAAAUCUUGGAGGAGUUUAAGGCUAUUUGUUUCUCCUCUAAGUGGCUCGACGACUUAUUGUCAGCCCCACAAUGCCUGGCCCUUGGCUGGGCUGGUAAUUGCCUCGUGACUGUAUUUGCAUCAACAUAAUGGUGAGGAUGUUAGCAGCAGUUAAGGACAUUGCAUUUUUUUCCUUGGAACAGGAAAAUUCAGGAUUAGCAAGGUGGAAUGUGUUAGCCUGUAGUUGCUCAUAGCCCCAUUGUGUAGAGUGGCUGCUCUUUACCUACAGUCCAGGUCUGUUGCUGCUUCCAAUGUAAAUUGAUUUUUUUUUUUCAGAACUUUGCAAGUCUAGCUGUAAAAUUCAGGCCUGCUUGAAACUUGGCACGUUAGGAAUUGGACAGGCUUUUAUUUUUUUUUCUGGUGGAAAGAAAUUACGAUUAUUUUUAGAAGAAAUUGUUUCGUCUGUUAAGUUUAAUGGCUUGAAAUGCUGUUUUGGCAUUCACGAGCCUUCAAAACAGCUUUGCUGAAAACCCAGUUUAGCAUCAUCAAUAAUACAGUAAUGCUGAGGAUCCCUAGGGACAGGCAACUAAAACAAUAGCUGAAAUCUUACAUUUAUAAAGCUAAUUGUUGUACAUGUUCAGCCGUUGCCCCCAUGCCAAUACCACACACGCGCUUGUUGUCUUCUGCAAGAAGCAGAUCUGAAGAUGGUUAAGUCCACAGGAGGCUUUUCACUGAUGUUAACAGGAGGUGCAUCUGCAUUUCCAGAGACUUUUAUCUGGACAAGGCCACAGAUUUGUAUCAACUAGGUUGCUGCUGUAGAGGAACUAUUCUGAUUUAACAAAGAGGCUUGUUUGAGUUCAUUUUCUUUUUUAAUGGCUGCCUUCAUUUGAAUCUCCAUGAUGGAGUGAAUAUGUAUCAGAGCUGCUAUGGGAAAUCCUAAAUAAAUCUGUGCCUGUGUGACUGGGUUCUAGAGG